UGUGUGUGAUGCUGAGUAUAAAACCGGCAGCAUCACACACACACCUCAGAAUACCCGCAUCAGGUCACGCACAGACACGCACAGACGCAAACAGGGGAGCGGGAUGCAGGCGAUCUGACGGACAGCGAUCCACGACAGCAGCAUAAACAGAAUCAUGACAAAGUCUUUGCGGGAGGAGCACGGGCCGGAGACGGAGGCGCAUCAGGAGCUCCACAGCCCCGCAGGGAGAGAUACAGAGAAGGGAGGGGGAGCUGUAGCAGAGGAGGAGGUGGAGGAUCGACUCCAGCAUCUAGAAGAUGAUGAGGAGGAGGAUGAUGAGGAAGAAGAAGAGGAGGAAGAGGAAGAAGAUGGCGAAAACAAACCUAAGAGGCGGGGGCCAAAGAAGAAGAAAAUGACAAAGGCUCGUCUGCAGAGGUUCAAGGUUCGACGGAUGAAAGCCAACGCCAGGGAGAGAAACCGUAUGCACGGGCUGAACGAUGCUCUGGAGAGUUUGCGAAAAGUCGUCCCGUGUUACUCCAAAACCCAAAAACUGUCCAAGAUAGAGACUCUGCGCCUUGCCAAGAAUUACAUCUGGACCCUGAGUGAGAUCCUGCGCUCCGGAAAGGCUCCCGAUCUCAUGAGCUUUGUUCAUGCCCUCUGCAAAGGUCUGUCUCAGCCAACCACUAACCUGGUAGCAGGCUGCCUACAGCUGAACCCUCGGACUUUUCUGCCAGAGCAAACACCCGACAUGCCGACGCACCUUCCUCCCACAGGUGCUUCAGCCUACCCCGGACACUUCCCCUACCAGAGCCCAGGGCUCACAGCUGGCCUGCCAAGUCCCCCGUACGGGACCAUGGAUCCAUCCCACAUCUUCCAUCAGGUCAAAGGUCAGCCCUACGGUGCCCUGGAACCCUUCUUUGAUGGCGUUCUUGUGUCCGACGGCCCGGCGUUUGACCCCCCCCUCAGCCCGCCGCUCAGCAUCAACGGGAACUUCUCCUCAUCCUUCAAGCACGAGGCCGUUCCUCCGUCUGAUUAUGACAAGAGCUUCCCCUUCGGCGUGCAUUAUGGGGCCGGAGGACCCGGAGGACACACCGCCAUCUAUGGCAAUGGGGGGUCCAGCCUGAGAUGCGGCGAGCUGCAGGCAGAACAGCUGAUGGGAUUUGACGGGCACUCGCACCACGAACGACUGAUGAACGCCCAGCUGAACGCCAUCUUCCAUGACACCUGAGACAACCCGGGAUGAGGAAUUAAGAGACUGAUGAGGACAGGCAGACCGUCAAACGGAGAGACAGACAGUUGUCUGUCCUUUUGUCAUGUCGUAGCUGUUUCUCAGUGUGUCCCUCGUUUUCUUUUCUCUGUCUGCAUCGAGCUUUGCGACUCCUCCUGAUGGUCACGUCGAAGAUGAUGUCAUUCAAAUGAUGUAACCGUUUUUGUAGUGAUUUAUCUGACAAGAAAAGCUUUUUACGUAUCUUAUAAUCCACAUUAUCAUUUAAAAGUAAUCAAUAAGCAAUAAUCUGAAGGAAACUAUGCAAUUUUGUUAAAACCUGAGCAAAUGCUCAGCUGAUAAUUCCAAAUGUUAAAAAAAAAAUAAAGAUUUCUCUAUUUUUGGUCAGUGUGUGAGAUGAUGUCGGGCUGAAGUGUUCAUGUUGUUCACAUGGUUUUUACUUUUUGCUUUUUAUAAUGUUUUUCUGUAGAAUUACGUUAACAUUUCACGUGACUCUUGUUCAUAUUUUAUAACAUAGAUGAUUAUAAAGGCCUUUUAUUAAAAGGAUUUCCAUGUGA